UCUUCCUCCUCUUCCUCUCCUUCAACCUUUUAAUCAACACAUCUACACUUCUUCCUUUGUCUCUACCUAACAAUAACCACCAAUGUCUUUUCCAUCCUCCUCUCAUGAUCACCACCUCCUUCAUUCCCUCCAGCUCUCCGUUCAAAGCCUCCAGUGGACUUACAGCCUCUUUUGGCACCUCAACCCUCAACAAGGGAUUUUGGAAUGGGGUGAUGGGUACUACAAUGGGACUAUAAAAACAAGGAAAACAGUGCAACCAAUGGAGGUGACUACUGAGGAUGCUGCUCUUCAGAGAAGUAGACAACUUCGAGAGCUUUACGACGCGUUAUCGGCUGGAGAAACUAACCCUCCUGCUCGUCGGCCUUGCGCCGCUCUCUCACCGGAAGACCUCACUGAGACUGAAUGGUUCUACCUUAUGUGUGUCUCUUUCUCCUUCCCUCCUGGCCUUGGAUUGCCAGGAAAGUCGUUUGGGUCACUAAGGCACGUGUGGCUCACACGAGCAAAUGAGACUGACAGUAAAACAUUUUCAAGAGCCAUUCUUGCCAAGAGUGCUGGCAUUCAGACUGUGGUGUGUAUACCAAUCGGUUGUGGUGUCGUAGAACUCGGUACAACUGAAUUGGUUGAAGAAGAUUUAGGCUUAAUUCAACAUGUGAAAAAAAUUUUCCUAGAUAAUCCAAUCUCUAAUCUUGAACAACAACAACAACAACCAUUAUUCAAUUUCCAAGACUUAACAAUUGUGCCACCAAUGAGUGUCGAACGAGAAAGUUCAGACCGAGGGGAAGACGAAGAUGAGGAUGAAGAUGAAGACAAUGAAAAUGGUGACGAUGAAGAUGAUGAUAAUAUGGAUGAUGAAACAGAGGCAGUUACUGAUUCAGAAGCUAUGGCUGGAAGAGGUAAAUCUGCAAGUUUAGCAUCAAUGGUGAUUAGUGAGCCAAGUGAACUCAUGCAGCUUGACAUGUCAGAAGAGAUAAGAUUGGGUUCACCUGAUGAGUGCUCUGAUAAUUUGGAUUCAGAAUUGCAAAUUCUUGGCAAACAUUAUGAUCAUCAAAAUCAGAGUGGCACUUAUCAAGCUUGGCAGCAACUUCAUGAAGAUCUAUGCAACAGUCUUGUGCAACUAUCAGGAACUCCGCAAAUUGAAGAAAUUGCACAAGAAGAUGCCAACUACUCUGAGACAGUUGUGACAAUUCUGAAUCAUAACUCAAGCAGAGUGACAGGUUAUGGAGUGAUGGGAUAUCUUGCUCAUUCAAAGCAAUCAGCAUUCAGAGAAUGGAAAUGUAACAGUGAACAUCGAUACACUUGUUUGAGUUCGGUGACAGGGAGAUCGCAAUCGCUGCUGAAGUACAUCUUGUUUAAUGUUCCUAAACUGCACAUGAGACCUGGUGGAAGUAGGUUAUUGAAAGGCACACAGCAAGAAGAACUAAGCGCAAAUCAUGUACUUGCAGAGCGACGGAGAAGAGAGAAGCUCAACGAGAGAUUCAUCAUCCUUCGGUCAUUAGUACCAUGCGUCACAAAGAUGGACAAAGCAUCGAUCUUAGGUGAUACAAUUGAGUAUGUGAAGCAACUGAGGAAAAGAAUUCAAGAUCUUGAAUCAAGAAACAAGAAAAUGGCUAGUGAUUGGAGAUCAAAGGAACAUAAUGUGCAGGUGCAGGCAAACAGUAGCUCAUCUCAUAGCAGUGUUUUGCCAGAGAAGAGGAAGUUGAGAGUGAUGGAAGUGGAGGCUGGGAAUGGAAAGAGUGCAAGAGUUGUAGCAUCUACAGGCACAAAUUUGCAGGUUUCUUUCAGUGGAACUGAUGCUCUGUUGAAUUUCCAGUGCGCUUACAGAGAUGGAUUGAUGUUCAAGAUCAUGCAAACUCUUGAUGAUCUUCAACUGGAGGUUACUUCCGUUCAGUCAUCAGUAACUGAUGGAGUUUUUGCUGCAGAAAUGAGAGCCAAAGUGAGAGACAGAGAGAUGAAUGGAAAGAAAGCAAGUAUAUUGGAGGUGAAAAAGGCAAUGCAUCAAAUCUUCAACCAAUAUUGAAUAUUAUACAGAUGAAACAAAUAAAUAUUUCAUCCCAUUUGGUAGUUUUUCUUGGUUAGAUUUAUCAGAUGAACAUAUAUGGUAAUAGGUUUCUUGUACAUGAGAAGCAAGCAGCAUUGAAAAGUUGAGCGCGGAAAUCAAACGUCAAAGUGAAUAUUUAUGACCUGUUUAACUUUCCAAUUUGUUUCCUGAAUGACAAAAAGAGCAUUACAUAUAUAUAUAUAUAUAUAUAUAACCAACCAAAGCCAAUGGUCAUUUAAAU